AUGUUCCCCAAGUUUUGGACUCAAUCCGAAAUCGAUUGGUCCAUGAAAUCGGACAAUUCAGGUUCGUACGAUGUUCGUUCUAAAAUGGAGUGGUUGGUGUAUUGCAUAGUUUUAGAUUGGAUUUCACUCAAAAAACCACCAAAUGACUCCUCCCACCAUAUUAUGAUUUUCCCCAAGUUUUGGGCUCAAUCCGAUAUCGAUUGGUCCCCGAAAUUGGACUAUUCAGAUGGAAGGGCAAAGUUCCCCACUGCCUUGAAAACCAUUGACUGGUCAACAAUUCAGUUUUCUUUGGUCUGUGAGCGUGCCACAGCUAGCAAUGAAGAUUCUAGCAGAUUCAUUCUAGAAUUGAUAACUUACACCCCAAGAGGAUCUGACCCGGGCUGGACUGGAAAUAUCUGGGCUGGAUCAAACUAUCAACAACUUCAACUGCUAAGUUUCAGCUGUAAACCGAUACCAAAGGGCAGAAGUGGCUGUUCUUGGGGACUUCAGUGGGCUAAAGACUGCACUGUGAAAUUUGUUGAGCCUGCGUAUUUCUCUGACAAGAUGGUGCCUCCUUUGGAGUGGAGACAAUAUCCCAGAAUAUACAUAAGAGGGGAUUUGAUCUUUAGAUUUUUCAUAGCUGUCUCUUCCCAGUUUUUGCCAGCUAUUGACCCUCUCUAA